UGUGCUGCUCCCGCAGCUCGUCGGUAUAAGAGCUGCUCUGUAGCUUUGUGGCUAGGCUGGUUGGCAGUAGGUUGUUUUCCUGAUAGCCGCCCGGGGUUCCCAGUCGUCGCCGCUGAACUCCGCCACUGCAAAAAUAAAAAAUAAAAAAAAAAUCGGUCAUUACAGCGGCACACCAGACGGACUAUAGGUUACAGAUGGACCAGCAGGACCAGUCCUAUAUGUUUGCCAGUCUGAAACGGCCUCACUCAGAGCAGCUGCUGCAAGGCCUCCAGCUCUUGCGGCAGGAUCAUGAACUAUGUGACAUUGUCCUGCGCGUGGGUGAUGCCAAGAUCCAUGCCCACAAAGUAGUGCUGGCCAGCAUCAGCCCUUACUUCAAGGCCAUGUUCACGGGUAACCUGUCCGAAAAGGAGACCUCCGAGGUGGAAUUCCAGUGCAUCGACGAGACUGCCUUACAGGCCAUCGUUGAGUAUGCCUACACGGGCACGGUGUUUAUCUCCCAGGAAACGGUGGAAUCUCUGCUACCGGCUGCCAACUUACUCCAGGUUAAGCUCGUACUCAAGGAGUGCUGCUCCUUCUUAGAGAGCCAGCUCGACGCUGGAAACUGUAUAGGCAUCUCCCGCUUUGCAGAGACAUACGGCUGUCAUGAUCUGUGCCUGGCUGCCACUAAGUUCAUCUGUGAGAACUUUGAGGAGGUUUGCCAGACGGAGGAGUUUUUUGAACUGACAAGGGCCGAGUUGGAUGAAAUUGUGUCAAACGACUGCCUUAAGGUGGUCACAGAGGAGACUGUGUUUUACGCCCUGGAGUCGUGGAUCAAAUAUGAUGUAACUGAGAGACAGCAGCAUUUGGCUCAGCUGCUGCACUGUGUUCGCCUUCCACUCCUCAGCGUCAAAUUUCUCACCCGCCUAUACGAAGCCAACCACCUUAUACGAGAUGACCACGCAUGCAAGCACCUGCUCAAUGAGGCCCUCAAAUAUCAUUUUAUGCCUGAGCACCGGCUCUCCUAUCAGACUGUGUUGUCAGCACGGCCCAGGUGUGCCCCGAAAGUUCUGCUUGCAGUGGGAGGCAAGGCUGGACUGUUUGCGACAUUAGAAAGCAUGGAAAUGUAUUUCCCUCAGACAGAUUCAUGGAUAGGACUGGCCCCUCUCAGCGUACCCCGAUAUGAAUUUGGCGUCGCAGUGCUGGACCACAAAGUGUAUGUGGUGGGAGGCAUCGCCACACACAUGAGACAGGGCAUUAGCUAUCGGAGACACGAGAGCACAGUGGAGAGCUGGGACCCUGAAAGCAACACCUGGUCCUCUGUGGAGCGUAUGGCAGAGUGCCGCAGCACGCUUGGGGUGGUGGUUCUAGCCGGUGAGCUUUAUGCCCUUGGAGGCUACGACGGCCAGUAUUACCUCCAGUCUGUGGAGAAAUACGUCCCCAAGUUGAAGGAGUGGCAGCCCGUGGCACCCAUGACAAAGUCCCGGAGCUGCUUUGCCACAGCUGUGCUGGAUGGCAUGGUGUACGCUAUUGGAGGCUACGGCCCAGCCCAUAUGAACAGUGUCGAACGGUAUGACCCCAGCAAGGAUGCCUGGGAAAUGGUAGCCCCCAUGGCAGAUAAGAGGAUCAACUUUGGAGUAGGUGUAAUGCUUGGCUUCAUAUUUGUGGUGGGCGGACACAACGGAGUGUCGCACCUGUCCAGCAUUGAGAGGUACGAUCCACAUCAGAACCAGUGGACAGCCUGUCGGCCAAUGAAUGAACCACGCACUGGUGUGGGCUCUGCCAUCGUGGACAACUACCUCUAUGUGGUGGGAGGUCACUCUGGGUCAUCCUACCUGAACACUGUCCAACGCUAUGACCCCAUCUCAGACAGCUGGUUGGACUCGAGCGGCAUGAUGUAUUGCCGUUGCAACUUUGGUCUGACUGCCCUUUGACCUAUGGCCCAGCCAGCUAGGACCCAAUAAGAGAACUUAGACACAAAGACGUUUCUUUUUUGUUGUCUCCUCUCCUCCUCCUUCCCCACAUUCAUCCUCCAGGUGCAGAGGAGCGCUGCACACCAACGUGAACACCAGAGGAGGGCAAGCCUGCUAGGUGGAUGGAUGUGCCGGGCUAGCUGGCUGGCUAGAGGGGAGGGGGGGGCCCCAAGGCAUUGCUGCAGAGAUGAAGAGCUACAAAGUUGUGCGGGAAAGCGAUGAAGACGAUCGGACAGCUGUUGUCACGGGAGCGAGGAGACUACCGUUCUACUGCUGCUGGACCACAAUGAGGACUCUGAGCCAUUUCCCAGAGGAUUGUGGGAGAAAACUUGUCACUUUUUAUUUCGAAAACUUCUCUGUUAUGUUACCAGACAUUGUUUAGUUUUUUUUUGUUUCCCGUCAUGCCAUUAUCGUGUUUAACACUUAAAUCUCUCUUUAAUUUCCUCGCUGCAACUGGAACCAUGUGUUCAAAUUUUGUAGAACACCGCAGUUUGCCGCCGUGUUUGUAUGAAUGUGGUUGUUGGCCAUGUAGUGUGUGUAUGUGUGUAUGCUCGAGGGGUACAUGCAUGUCAGGAUCGUUUGUUUGUUUGUAUUUUGUUACGUGUCUGCGUGCAGAACUGACGCUCAGGCUCAGCGACGCAGGAGUUCUGCAUCAAAAUCAGUGCUUCACAAAAAAGAGAAAAGUUGGAAUCUUUAUAUUUUCUCAAAAAGGGCUGCCUUUUUUUCUCUCUUGUAAAUAGUCUAAAUGAAAUAUAUAGAUAUGAAUAUAUCCUCUAGUGCAUUGCCUGUAAAUGUUUUUCUGCACUGGGUCACUAGUGUGUGUGUGUGUGUGCGUGCGUGCAGAUGUGUGUGUGAGUGUGUAGUUUGAUUUCAAGGGUCAGUGUGGAGGUGAAUGACGAAUUCUCCUGUGAGUGUUUGCCACUAGUCUCUGCUUCAUCCUCGGAGCCAUUUAAAAAAAGGAAAAAAAAAUCUCCAUGUUCUAGCUUCUGUUACAUCUUCCUAAGGUCAGGUCAUGAACUUCUUGCUACUCUUCACAUUAGAUGAAAUCGACCUUGGCCCUCUUUUCACCCUUUGGUCUGUACACAAUACCAACUGGUGCUAUAUUUAGGAUUCAGGAUUCAGCUGUUUGUCUGUGUUGCCUCACAUAAUUAGGUCAACUUCUGUUCAGCCUCUGCUACACCACCGCGUUUAGAUAUUUGUUAUUUAUGUGCAUUAAAAUGCGGAUAAUUUAUGGGCCCCUAUCCAUGCAAUAAAAUAAAGUCCUACUGAAAGGGAAGCCUGUGGUUGGAUAACCACAAACUUCUCUCUGACAAUUAGCACUAUUUAUUUAUAAAAUGCAUCCUGGUUAGCAUUCCUCUGUCCUCACAGCAGCCCUGUUGCAGGAUAUGGGCACGCUUAGUUAUAUCGUCUCAAUGCCUGUUCCCAGUACGUCGUUCUUUUAGCUAUGAACAAGUCUUUUUUUCUUUCACUGCCUGUGAUUGGGUCUGACACCUGCACUCUCUGGUCUUGCUCGCAAGCUCAGGUUUGCAGUAAUCCGUUCACAGCUUCAUGUGAAGUGCCAAAACAACUUUUUUUUUUUGCAGCUUUCCCACCUCCAGUGCUAGAAACAGCUCCGCUCGUGUGCCACAACUUUCUUUUCACCCUUACUGCUAACAUAUUAGCUUUUCCAUUCUUCCAUGCUGUCAUAUGGAGAUGGAUGAUGAUGAUGAUGAUGAUGAUAAAGCACCAAGGGCUGUGCCAGCCAACUCAGGCCAUGUUGCCACUGUCACCAGUCGUGUGUCCUGGGGGGGGAGAGAGGGAAAGAGCAGAGUGCUCACCUGCGUUUUGGACUCUAGGCUAAUGGACAGAUCAAGCAAUGCGCAGCAAUAGAGAGGGCUCCAGACUGGGAAAGGCUAGGUGAGGUGUGUCUUGUUGAGUCACUGUUGUUGAUGUUCAAGUCUAGUUUGAGUCGCUUUGUGCACUGACGUUUGCACAUAAGUGGAAACUUUAACCAAGCUCUGCAUUGCACUUACCAAACUAUUUGAUACAUAUUGUAAUUUGUACAUACGUUUUAAUUUAGGGAUAAUGGCAUUUAGAUAAUGCAAUAAGACUUCUGUUUUGUGUCUGUCUCUUUUUAAAAAAGCCAAGGCAUCUCAUAUUGCUGUAACAGAAACCCCACAUGGCACGUCCGUUUAUUCGCACUGUUUGUUUGGUAAUGUCUAAUGAAACAUCCAAACGGUACCAUUGACGUUGCCUCAUCCUGCCAGACAUCUUGUGUUGUGAUUUUGUUGUGCAUGCCAGUUAUAAUUUUAUAUUUAAUUAUUCUUUUUUUUUUUUUACAAGGCUCGUGUUUAUCUAGCCAUAUUCAGAUGGAUCGCUCAUAAUUUAUCAAUGGCCAAAUUUGAUGUAUACACCUGUUUGGGGGAAAAA